UGAUGGGGCAGAGGUUCCGUGAGAAGAAUCUUCUGAGAAUCGCUUAAUCCCUGAGGAGGGAACCUGAUGGAUAGAUAGGGGCGGAAGGAAUCAUACUCACUGUGUACUUUCAUAUAUCUUAAUUUUUAUAUCUUGAUUUUUAACGAGAAAUUUACAUCUUAAAUUUUAAACGAGAACGUGAUAAAUUUUAAAAGUAAUCACGGCAGCUGGCUUGUACAACCGUACAUUUCCGGGCCCCGCCAGGGACCAGAUACCCUGUAGCUCAGAGGACGAACCCCGGAACCUGCCUUUUUAGGCGGCAUCCCCACAUGAUCAGGGGCCGGAGGACUCAAGGCCAAGCCCAGGACGCGCCCUCCACUGUGGUUCCGGGAGCGGGCGGCCUCCGGCCGGGGAGGGCGCUGUGCCGGCGGCGCAGGGGGCGGGCCGGGGGCGGAGCGCGGGCGGCCGGCGGCUACGGCUCGGCCCCCGGCUCCCGGCCCCCGGCUCCCGGCUCCCGGCUCCCGGCUCCCGGCUCCUGCUCCUGCUCCGGGCCCUGCACCUGUGACCGUCGGCCACGCUUGCCCUCCGCGCCCGCCGCCCGCAGCCCCAUGGCCCCGUCCCGCCUGCAGCUCGGCCUCCGCGCCGCCUACUCCGGCCUCAGCUCCGUGGCCGGCUUCUCCAUCUUCUUCGUCUGGACGGUGGUCUACAGACAGCCGGGGACCGCGGCCAUGGGGGGGCUCGCAGGUGUGCUAGCGCUAUGGGUCCUGGUGACGCACGUGAUGUACAUGCAGGAUUACUGGAGGACGUGGCUCAAGGGGCUGCGCGGCUUCUUCUUCGUGGGCGUCCUCUUCUCGGCCGUCUCCGUCGCCGCUUUCUGCACCUUCCUUGUGCUGGCCGUCACCGGACACCAGAGCCUCACAGACCCCAACAGCUACUACCUCUCCUGUGUGUGGAGCUUCAUUUCCUUCAAGUGGGCCUUCCUGCUCAGCCUCUAUGCCCACCGCUACCGGGCUGACUUUGCCGACAUCAGCAUCCUCAGCGAUUUCUGACCUGAGCGAUGAGGUCUCUGCACCCUGGUGGUCCUCAGGACCUGGACUCAGCCUCUGAGACAUCGGGCGGGCCUGGACACCCCCUGGGAACCCCAGAACUGAGGCAGAAAAUAUACAGCAGGAGGACGGUGGUGUCCCUGGGAGCUGUCCUGUCCCCUUUGGGGGAACCCUGGGUGCCGUGGAAAGGGGUCCUGCCAUGUUGCUCAUCAGCCUGACUGGAGGGCAGCUUUAGACCUUUUCAAGUGGAUCUAUUUUCUUAGCACUCAAUGGGCAAUCUUUCCAAGUAGGGCCAGGGCAACAGGCAAGGGGUAGGGCAGUGGGGCCUUGACCUGCGCCUGGGGGCAGGGGUCCCUGCUGCCCUAGACACUCUCCCUCAGGCGGGGCGGGACCCUGGGGAGGUCAGGUCAGGUAAGGGAUCUCUAGUAGAGACUUCUCAACCCCUUACCCCAGCACCCCCAUCUUGUUGUCCCCCAAGAGUCAGGUAGCUGAACUCAUUGGUCCCAGGGAUGGUGACAUUUGCUUCUCUUUUCCCAAGCCCUGGGGACCUGAGGGGAGUUCAGUGUCCCUCUUCCCACCCUGUUCCUCGCAGAGGUGGUUCCCAUGAGUAUGCUAGAGCCAUCCUCCCCUUCACCACACACCCCAGAGCAGGACGCCCCAAAUGAGGCCAGACUAAGGGUCUUGGGGAAGGUGCUCCUGCCCCCCGAAGGGCUUUGGGGAAGGGGGCAGCACGGGGUGGGCUAGAAGGAACCCUCAAACCUGUGCCAGGCACCUCCAGCCCAACAUUUCCACUCGGCCUUCUCAUGCCUGCCCCUCAUGGCACCCAGAUUGCCCCUAGCUCCGAGAUGCCUCCUCCGCUCCUGCCCCUGCCCUUCACCUAGAGCUUUUCUCUUUUAAAAUCUCCCUUCUGAAGGACAAAAUCUGCUUUACUGCCUAUACACUGGCCCAAGGGCUCACCUAACUCGGAAGGGAAGGGGCUCCAUCCAUCUUUUUAUCUUAGGUUGUCAUUUUGCACGGUCUACCCCUUUCCCACCUGAUGUGUCCUGCCCCUCAGCUCUUUGCCUUAUCUGUGUCACUGUCACUUUAGCAGAAAUACAGCAGCCAUUUGUAUCAGCUAGCCUCUGGUGCUUUCUUAUGGGGUGGACUAUGGGAGCAGUGGGUGGGAAUGGGGGUCUCCAGUCAUCUCAUUAAGCCAUUUCCUUAGCUCAGAGGGGACCCUCUCCCUCUGGUCCCACUUGGCAUGGGGGAACCCACAGUUCAGCUCUCCUCCUCCAGCCCCCUCAGCAAACCCCCCAGCCAGGGCGAGGAUGCCCCCGGGCACAGUCUCAGCAACGUCUGUGGGAUUGAGUGCCUAUCGCCCCACGAGGCCAGGACAGACGGGAAGGGGAUGAACGUGCUUCCCUUUGUAUUCUCCAGGCUGUGAGGGCUUGGGGCCAGGUCAGAGGUAAUGAGGCCGCUCCUGCUGGCUGAAGAAGCCUGGCUGCCUCGGAACCAUAAAGACAGGCACCACUAGAUGAGUUCGCCCAGGCCUGUUGUCUCACCCGUUCUCUCUUCUAGGCUCAGUAGAUGCUUAAGAAGUCAUGGUACAUUAGAGCAGGAAGGAACCAAACAGUGUCUAUUUCGGGAGCCUCUAACUGAUAAACAGAGGCCCCAGGAGGUGACGUGACUUACCUGAGCUCCCAGCUGGGACUUGAACCCAGGUAGGUCUGAUUCAGGACUCUAGGGGAGCCUUAGCGAGCCGGGUCUGCAGGCAUCCAUGUCCCCCACGCCCUAACGGGCCCUCUGUCUGUGGACUCAGCCCAGAGCUGCCGCCUCUUCACUACCCAGAGGUGGGGCAGGCGGGGGCAGCCGGGGUGUGUUCAGAUUCUUCCUGCAAGGCAGUGGCCACAGAAGGCCAAGGAGCUGGAGGGGGGCUGCCCCCUGGAGGCCCGCUGCCCACCCCUCAACCCCCGGAGGCCCUUUCACAUGAACCUUUAAAGCAAAUAAAACAUUUAUUGUUCAGA